UUUUUUUUUUUUUUUCUCUUCUUCGACUUCUUCUCGAUUUUGGAUUGGAUUUCCUUCUCGAUUUUGGAUUCGAUUUGUCUCCAUUUUCGAUCUGUUUGGAUUCCAUGGAGGCCUCUCUCUCCUUCGUUUCGAGGGCUAAGACCGCCUUCCACUCCGCCGCGGUCAAGGCUGAGAAAGUCCUGUCCGACAUCAAAGCCGAUCUCACUAUAGAUCGAGAGAGGGAUGCGCAAUCCAACAGGGUAGUGGGGAUAGCUUCGGAUCAAGACAUGGUGGGAGCUGACGAAUCGAACAAAGUCCUUGAAGAGGCCACAGAUAGAAAAACCACAGAAGAAGAGGAUAAUUCAGGCAAAUGUAUUAAGUACACUGUCAUUCCGGCCACUAUUUUGGGCCAGCUGGCAGUGGCUUUUGAGCGUGCUCAGAGUUAUAAGUCUAUAAAAGAUAUAUUAUCAUUAGCUGUGGAUCCUUUACCCAACAAAGAUAGGACAGGGUUUGGCUUUUCUACUGUGAAGGCAUUAGUUCGUCGUGAAAAGGAUGAAAAGUCAAAUUCUGACUGCUGUCUUGAUGAGGAAUUCCACUAUCUGACGCGUAUAUUGUUUGAUUCAGAGGAACAUAUUCCUUCGGGGAAAGCCACGUCUUGUUCAAAAAUCCUUCCUAUGAUGUAUUUGUCAAGGGAUAUACUUAGUGCUCCUCCUGAAAGCCUUGUUGUUCGACUUUCGGUGCUUGUUGGAGGCUUUAAAUCCCUGCAGAAGAUGGUAGCCUUUUGGGUCUAUGUUGUUGGAGAACUGAGGAGGCUAUGGUCUGAAGGGAAGCCUAUACCUCAUGUUCCAUUGGAGGGAAAUCCAGACUUAAAUUCUUGCCCUCUACAUCAGCAGUUACAGGUUAUAAAUUGUUGCAUUUCCAGGCAACAACGUCGAGUUCUUGCCACCGAGUCAUUAGAUUUUGUACUGAAAGAGGUCAGUCUAGAUGGCGACCAGUCAGAUUAUCUCCCAGGGACCAAUCAAAUGGUUUAUGCGAGAACAAGCUCAGGACAUCAUGUUCUCAGACUUGGUGCUGAUCACCCAUCUGAAAAUCUGACCAUGUUGGAGACAGGUGAAGCAGUAUAUUCUCCUGUUACUCAGGAGGGCCCGGUUUUAACAGAAGAACUUAUUAAAGAAACAGAGGAAUUUGUGCUGCGUACUGGGAGUGUUGGUGCUGGGUGUUCUCAACUUCUCUCUGAUAUGCAAGCUUUCAAGGCUGCAAACCCUGGAUGUGUUCUAGAGAAUUUUGUAAGAUGGCAUUCUCCACCGGAUUGGACUGAAGAUUCAGACGGUGAGGCAAAUGUUGCGGCUGAUGCAGAAGAUUCAUCAUCCAGAAGAGGUCGACUAAGCAGACGAAUGCGGAAGGAAGGUAAUUUGUGGCGUGAAUUAUGGGAAACUGCAAAACCAUUGCCAGCCAUUAGACAAACACCACUUUUCGAUGAGGAUUUAGCUGUUGAAAGCAUUUUAACCACCUUGGAGGAAAUCUCCCCAUCAGAGCUCUUUGAGCAACUUUUUGUCUCUGCUCUAUGCUCGAGCUUUCUGAUAGCAGAAGCUACACUCUCUGCAGACAGUAACUUAUCUGAACUAUUCUACAAAUGUAAAGACUACGUGAUCGCUACUUAUCAAAGUGGCACGACAGAUAAAAAUUUAGCUGAUAUCUGCAAAGUGUAUGAAACAGUAGAGAAAAUCAUGACUCAUCCUGAGGAAGCUGUUAAGAUCAUGGAUCGAUCUGAUGAAACAUUUUCAAAUGAACAACCAAAGAACCGAUUCAAAAAAAUUAGCAUGAACUUUCUCGGCAAAGAUAGACAGACACCGUUGCAUUGGAAGGCAGUGAAGGAUGAGAAGAACUCACAAGAGAAGCAAUCUCAUGUGUUGUCAAAUUUGUUUGAUAAAGGAUCAUCUUUGUUUUCUAAAAUGAAUUCAAAAUCAAGUGGUGCUCCUGCUCCUGCUCCUGCUCCAUCCUCUGUUCCCUCUGGUUUGGAUGGAACUGAUUGGACUAUUGUUUGACAAAAUAAGAAUUGUUUCUGAGUUCCUGAAUUU